UCUCUCUCUCUCUCUCUCUCUCUCUCUCUCUCUCUCUCUCUCUCUCUCUCUCUCUCUCUCCUCCCAGGCCGAUGGAGCCAGAGUUCUGCUACGGGAAUGGCUCUUGUGUGAGGACGGUCUACCCUGUUGCUGCCCGCGUCACCCUCUACUUGGUCCUGGGGUCUGCGGUGGUCUUCACAGUGCUGGGGAACCUCUUUGUGAUCGUGGCCAUCGCUCACUUCAAGCAACUCCACACGCCUACCAACUACCUGACCCUCUCCCUGGCCAUAACCGACCUCCUCCUGGGGGUGAUGGUCAUGUUCCCCGGAAUGAUUCGCUCCGUUGAGAGCUGUUGGUUCUUCGGGGAGAUGUUCUGCAAGCUAUUCAUCAGCUCAGACGUGUUGCUGUCCACCGCGUCCAUCUUGAACCUGUCCUUUAUAUCCAUAGACCGCUAUUAUGCCGUGUGCCAGCCUCUGCUCUACCCCCGUAAGAUAACGGUUCACACGGCAGUCGUCAUGAUCCUGGUCACAUGGUGUGUCUCUGCUGUGGUCGGCUUCGGAAUGAUCUUCCUAAAGCUGAAUAUUUGGGGAAUAGAGGAGUUCUACUAUAACAAAGUGGCGUGUGAGGGAGGGUGCUUUUUGUUUACGACUGGGGUGGCCAGCACACUCUCUGCCAUUAUCUCUUUCUACAUCCCCGGGGUCAUCAUGCUGGCCAUCUACCUGAAGAUCUACAUGGUUGCCCAGAGACAAGGGCGCACCAUAGGCCUAGAGAACACCAGCUCCUCCAAGGUGGACAAACACCAGAGAAAAGCCACCAAAACGCUGGCCUUCGUCAUGGGAGUGUUUCUGUCUCUCUGGACGCCGUUUUUCCUCUGUUACAUCAUUGACCCCUACAUCGGCUACUCUGUUCCACCGGCCUUGUUCGACACACUCGUGUGGCUGGGGUAUCUCAAUUCCACCAUCAACCCGUUGGUGUACGCCUUCUUCUACAGUUGGUUCAGGAAGGCGUUUCAAAUGAUUGUUUCUGGUCGCAUCUUUCGGUCGGACAUGUCAGACACAAAACUGUUCUCAGAGUGACAGUGGUUUGAUGUUGAGGCCUCCAAGAAGAUGUGGGGCCAUGAAAAUAAAGGCUUAUCAACUGAUGUGUUGAAAUUCCAAUAAAUUACAAAUGUUUGUCCCAUUAAAUCAGUUUAGUCAUCAUUAAAAUAAAUAAAUACAAUUUCAUUAAACCCAAAACCAGCCAAUUCUGGUAUUAUUUAAGGUACUAUUCAUGCUUUAAUCAUACUAUUCAAGUUUCUCUCGCAGAAAUUCCUGGUGUUGUGUCUUGUUGUGUCUUUACAAAUGCUUAAUUAAGUGUUUGAUAUUAAACCCUGCUAAACCCACCCCUGAAUCAUUUGCGUUCCGAAUUUUAGGAUGUUAUACUUCCACACCUGACAUGACCACAGGUGCACAGGUAGCUCUCACAUGGUAGCUCUCAUUCUCACGCAACCAAUUGGCUACUAUUGGUGUUAUCACGUGGCACAGAUUAUAUUUUCUUUGUUGUUUCCAGCAUUCUCGGAAAGUAUCUCCCCAAUAUCAAUGCUGUGUAUCGGGACAGGACAUCCAUAGUUCAUUUAAAAUCAAUAAUGUAGCAUGGUUCCCUCGAGUCCACUUUCUUUAACUGCAGAAACCUCAGAAAAGUGGAAAACAUGAAUGAUGGUUGACUUCAAACACUUGAAUUGGUCUAUGGCUAUAUGUGAAUGUUGUUAACUGACAAAAUAUAAAUCAAAUCUGGGAAUAAAUCUAUGGAAGAUCUGAAUGCGUCUUUCUCUUCCCUACAUUUCCAUUCAAACUACAUUUCCAUUUGAAGUCCUUAAUCUUACACUGAUGAACUUGUUAUUUUGUUUGACAUUGUACAUAUGUAGCAAGGCAACAUUUUCCCUUGAGCAAGGUAGAAAAAAGUAUGAAUUUAAUAAAGUAAUUAAAAUACAGCGUCAAAUGGUGUUGGCGUUAUGUGUCUCUCUCUCAACACAUCUUCCCGUCAACAUUGUCCACGUUGACAUUUACAGCCUUUUCUCAGAGAUUGUGAUUGCAUCUGGCCACAUUGUCUAGGGAAAUGGCCCAGUCAGAGCAGAGGCUGACUGUUUUGACCCUGACACCAUCUGGAAAAGAUAACUUAUAUAAAGCACAUCCUGCCUGUAGCCACUGAGUAUUCCUCUCUAGCUGACGGAGGUAAGCCCCCACUUAA